AUGCGAAGGAGCUUGACCACAUACGUGACAGAUGAAGAGGAAAGGAGGCCUCUGGUGAGGAGAGCGGCUACCGCAAGUGCUAUUUGUGCGGUGGGAGUGGUCGAAGUAGGCCUUGGGAUGAUAAAGCUCGAGGAAGUGGGUGAAGUGAGCCAGUUCAGCCAGCUAGAGUAUCAGACAGAGGCCCAUCCAGAAACUCGGCCGAAUCCUCAGCGAGAAAGCUCACCAGAGGUUGAGGUUGUUCCUGAUACGUCUGUCGAAGAAAUCCAUGAUCAUCAAAGUGGUGGCGAAGAGAGCAUAUGGGUUCCUGAGACACCUGAAACGUCACUAGAUGAAGUCUCACUGCCUGAAGGAGUGCAUAAAUCGCUAAAGGACCUCAUUUACAAGACGAAUAAAAAUCUUUAUGAUGUGGAUUCAAAUAAAGUGAAGUAUAAGGCUGGUCUGUCGCGUAAAGGACUUGCAGUACCUAGUCUGCAUCGCAGGAAAGGCCAUGAUUCAUCGCCCGCUUGA